UUCGUAUGGAUCCGUAUAACUGCACUGUUGUGCGUUAUUCCUAAGCCAGCGUCCGUGAAAAUACAACUAGCUAGAAAUAGUGAGUGUCCCAGAAAAAAAAUAAGUGUUUUAGUGACAGUUCUUUUGUUUCACUCUUAUUGAUUGUUGGGUUCAAAAGAAUGAAAUCCUUAAUAACCCUACUGGCAUUAUGUCUAGUAGGGCAGCAAACAGCAUAUGCUUGGGGAGGUUUAUUCAAUAGGUUCUCUCCUGAAAUGUUAGCAAACAUGGGAUAUGGUGGACAUGGAGGGUACAUGCAGAGAUCUGGAGAGGGUGAUGAAGGAAUCCUAGAAGAAUACACUAACGACGUGGAAGACGAACCCUGUUACGGAAAAAGAUGUACCGCUAAUGAACACUGCUGUCCUGGUUCUGUUUGCGUAGAUGUUGAUGGAGUAGUUGGUUCUUGCCUCUUCGCUUAUGGCAGACGUGUUGGUGAACUUUGCCGAAGGGACACCGACUGUGAAUCUGGACUAGUGUGUGCCGAAGCUGAACCAGGAACUAUGACCAGGGUGUGCAGACCUCCUGUACAUCAAGAGAAGCAGUAUUCGGAGCUCUGUAACAUGUCAAGUGAAUGUGAUAUUUCAAGGGGUCUAUGUUGUCAGUUGCAACGUAGACACAGGCAGGCACCGAGAAAGGUCUGUUCAUAUUUCAAGGAUCCCCUGGUUUGCAUCGGACCAGUUGCUACUGAUCAGAUCAAAAACUCCAUCCAGCACACUGCAGGCGAAAAAAGAUUGACCGGAUUCACCAGUUUCAAACGACCGUUGCCAAUGCAUUAGGCAAAUAAAAUCUAUGUUAAAUGAGUACCUUUACAGUUAUAAAUCUGUAAAUUUUCUGUAGUGUGACGAUCAAAGAAAUAUUGCGUUGUACAUUUCCACUGAACAAAACUGAUUCAGCCAGAAGCAAUCCCUAGGGCCAGUUCUCCUGAAAUAGUUAUUGUCAAAUGAGCCCACCCCACCUUUUGUGCGAAGUUACAUCCGAAAUGUACAACUCAAUAUUUUCUGAAAAUUAUAAUUUAAUCAGAUGCAUUCAUUGAAGUAUGUUUUUAUCAUUCAAAUUCUAUUUGAAUUCUGAAAUUGGCUGAGGUUUUGAUUGAUUCUUUGGAUAUAGAUAAGGUGUUUAAAGCACUUUUACUGGCCUAGUUAGUAACCUAGUUUGUAGUUUGUUGCGCAUAUUCAAAUAUAGGGGGCGCGCAAAUAUAGAAUUCACCUGAAGGUCUCUCAAUCGACUGCGAAAAGAAUGAGAGAUUUUCCUAAUAGAAAAUUUGAAUUAUUUGAAACUGUAAAACUUUUAAACGUCUAACUGUGAUGAUUACACAUGACAGUACUUGCAUAGUAAUGUUUUGAAGCACUGCAAUACCCAUGCUAGACCUGACAAGUAUUAAGUAGCUUGGGUAAGGUCAGUCGGCUCGGAAUAGAGUACCGAACAUUAUACGCAAUUAUUCGUCUUAAUCAGUGAAAUAUGAAUACAUAUCAUGUGAAACAUAUCAUAUUAUAACUACUAUAUCGGUGUUAUAUUAUAAAACUUAAAAUAUAUUAAUAAAUGUAUAAUGCAAUUGG